CCAGCGCAGCAGUCUACAUCGCACACUGCAAGUAUGGCCGGGGACAGUGAAACACAUAUAAAGGACCGUGGCGAGAACACCACCAUUAUUCGUCAACCUUUUCUCAUCGGUGUCUCCGGGGGUACCGCCAGUGGCAAGGUUGGCAUCCUAGCUUGUUGAUUUAAUGGUUUUCCAGAAUUGUCAUUGAUAGAUUCGGGCUAAAUCGCGGUAAAGGGGUCAGUUGAUAGCCGGUUGCUAGUUGACCGCGUGGCUUCAGCAGCUCAGUGCUGGGCUUUGAUUGACAGCUCUAUCAUCUGUUUAACUAUCCAGGUCCUUGCUUGCACCAGUUGAGCUAAGCAACCCUGUGCAUCAACUGGCACACUGAGUUUUGUGUUCGUAGGAUUAUAAAUUUGCUAUUUGCCCGGCCUGGAAGUCGUUGGCAAGACCGACUUACUUUAGACUACGUGGAGAUCACAGAUGUUAGCCCAUUUAGCCGCCUAACUGUUAGCAUUCCAUCACAUGCUAACAGUGUCGGUGUUUCGGUAAGAAGAGUGACCCUGAUGAUUAGCGUACAAUGGCCGAAUGCAUCUUUUGUUGUCGAAGUUACGAAUGCUAUCGACUACUCUUCCUCAUGCGUGUAUUUUUUUUUUAUUAAAGUUGUUAUAUUUCUGUAUUUUUACACAAUAAUGAAAAUAUAAACGUGUCGACUCGUGAAGACCUUCGUGUUAUAACAGCUGUUCUAUCUACGACAACAACGGAUGAAUCCGGGCAAAGUCGCCAUAUAACACGGUCACCGUUUACAUCACAACACCGGCCGGGUGAGCAAGACAAUAGCUGGCGCCCGUUGGCUGAAAGCUGUUUGUAAACAAUGCAAACCACGUUCUUUUCCUGUCGGUGGUCAACCCGCUACGUGUUAAAUUAAGUUAGCGAAAACCUCGGCGUGAAAUGUUAUCCGUGGGAUGACUUUUCCGUUGAAGUGACCAUUACACAUUGUAUAACGUUAACCUAGAUGCUUGUGUGAUGACGGGUGGUAGACAGUAGCGCUAGCGGGAAAACACCCCCAAUGUUAUCUCACUACCCGCGUCCCCUUUGUUCGUAACUGAUUAUAACACGAAAAAUAGGUAUUACGUUGUGAACCGGUAGAGUACCAUAAACCGACGUUAGUGUGAAAAGAAGCAGACAUUUAGCAGCCCGCCCUAGCUUCAGUUUACUGUAACUUGCGCGGCAGCGUGGGCCGUGCUGAUGAAGUGUGCACGUAGACACGCGGAGAGAAAUGACACACAGGCGUGGAAAUAAUGACGAAAUCAUAAUAUUGUUAUGUACCGAAUACUAUUGACAUUUUGGGUUCCUAAAAAAAUAUCCACAUAUUGUCAGAACCUGAGGUGGGUCUUUAACCCACAAUUCUGAAGUAGCAGGGGCUUGUGAGGGAACAGGAGGGUCGAGUCCAGUUACCGACCAUGUCUAGAAAUAAGCUGGAGUGGUGCCAUCUAACUCUAGGGGACUGCAGAGGCACCAUUGAGCAAGGCACUGAAUCCACAAUUGCAUGCUACCCCCCUGCACUUGAAUAUCUUUCCAUUUAAGUAUGUCUUUGGGGGUCUUACUGUGUGUGAGCACACAGGCUUGGUUAAUGUUUUCAUUUUGGUAAAUGGCUGGGUUAGACAUGACCGGGUGUCUUAGAUCCAGAUUCAUCCUACCUUGCCCUCUUCCCAACUUUGUCCCAGAUAUCAGCACACUGGCACAGGCAGUUGUGCUUUCUGAAAAACCCUCACAAGGGACCAGGCGGAGGUUUAUUUGACUCUUUUUACUGAUGAGUCUGACUGCACCUGUGAUGGGUGAUGCAAUCUCAUCCAUCCCAUCUGUAAGGAGCCCAGAGAUCAGUGUAAUCGCAAUGCAGAUGUUUUGUAUUUUCACUGGUUUUCCGGAUUUUAAGUACCUAUUUGCUUAGAAAUUAUUCAUCAAUUAAACAGUGUUUCCAGCUUGAUAAAAGACCAAUUGAUCAUGUGUUAAGAUUCAUCUGACAAGAUUUAUCAUGUUGCCGCAUGAAAUUUCAGUUUUGGUCAAGUCUUGAAUCUUAAAUUUCAGUCACUAUGUCCGAAAUGGUUGCAUUUUAGCGCAGUUGUCUCUCUAUUUGGGGGGGAUAGAAGUUCAUUGUGAUUCAAUUUCAUGGACACAAAGGCAACAGGGCCUCAGUUGCCCCCAGAACGCCCCGUCAGCACAGGGUGUGAGAUGCAUUCAAUUAAGAGGGUCAGUGCGGACAAAUAUGGCAGGUUGGUAGGAGUUCACUUAUACUUUUGUUGUCAGCUGACUCAUACAAGGUAGGAAAUUCCCCUCCCACUCUGUAUUUCCCGUUAGAUAAGACCUUGGGGUACAACAUGUUACUGUAACUUCCUUCCUUUUGUGGGCUACCUUGACACUCUAAGCAGUGAUCCGUGUUUGUGUUUUUGCAGUCGUCGGUAUGUGAGAAGAUCAUGGAGCUGCUGGGCCAGAACAAGAUCGACCACCACCAGCGGCAGGUGGCCAUCCUUAGCCAGGACAGUUUCUACAAGGUGCUAACGCCAGAGCAGAAGGCCAAGGCUCUGAAAGGCCAAUUUAACUUUGAUCAUCCAGGUAUGCAGACACUGAAUAGUAUUUCCUCUCAUGCAUUUCCUGAAACAGGCACGUUUGUUACACAUGUGCAGAGUUUAAUUUGCCUGAGGUAAAAGCCCUUUUAACCGAUUUGAAACCAGACUCCGAAUCUAGAAAUGGAAUUUUCCGGUGGAUUUACAGCUUUAAAACCCACACACUGACAGGCUAUGUUAACCACACAAGACUUUCUGUAAAUAGGAAAUUUAGGAACUUGGCAGUUUUAGCACUAAAUGAAUCAAAUAUUGACACUUGAAUGAGAAUAACUUGUCGAGUGUAUUGACACGUUGACAGCUUUCCAACAGACACAUAUUCAGAAGCAGCAACAUUCAUUUCUAGUGUGUCAAAUUUUUCUUUAGAGGCAUAGACUCCAUUUUUGGAGACAUGGCCCCUCUUGCUCCUGCUUCCUUUCUCAGAAGUUCUCAGCUGAUUUAAAACUCCCUCGGUCAGCAGGCUUCUCCCAGAGGCAGCUGCUGCCAGGCUCAGGCUGAAACCCACACCUGUUACACACUGAAGAGAUUCCUGGGGUUACCAAACGUGCAGAGUAGCUCCCACGUGUCCACGCCAAGCUGUAACAGCUAUGGUUAAAUAUGACAUCUUGUUAAGAUUCUUACCAAACCCGUGCUUUUCUCUUGUCCUCAGAUGCCUUUGACAACGAGCUGAUCAUGCAAACGCUGCGACAGAUCCUGCAGGGAAAGACAGUACAGAUCCCUGUUUAUGAUUUUGUCACUCAUUCCAGGUGAGCCAACCAUUAUGAUCACAGCCUGCACAACGUAGUUUCUCAUCUAUAGUUAUAGUCACGUUUAACAAAGUCCUAGACCAAAUGUUUUAUUUAUAACAUGGGUGUGUGAUCAUGUAAAUGUGCAUCUGGUCAUUGUCACUUAUUGUGUGCAUGUCCUUUUUAGGAAAGAGGAGUUUGUCACGGUGUAUCCAGCCGAUGUGGUCCUGUUUGAAGGGAUCCUCAUGUUCUAUUCCCAGGAAAUCCGAGACCUGUUCCAGAUGAAGCUUUUCGUAGACACAGAUCCAGACACAAGGCUCUCACGUCGAGGUGUGUAGUAAGAGCUGGGUUGACAACAUGUUUAACAAGUAAUGCACCACCUUACUGGAAGCAUAACAUUAAACAAUAAGCCUUGCUCAUAAAACACAAAGGUCAGUUGCUUCUGAGGACCAGCUGUUGAUACGUGUAUAUCCUUGAGUGUAAUUUGUUUAUACGACCAAUAUUUGCAUUAUAGAUCUUUUCUGUUUCUCUGUUUCAGUCCUAAGAGACAUUAGUGAGCGUGGCAGAGAGCUGGAGCAGGUGUUGGCCCAGUACAUCACAUUUGUGAAACCAGCCUUUGAGGAGUUCUGUUUACCAGUAAGUGACUUUCAGUUAUUCAGCUGGUUAACUUUUUAGUAUUGGUAUGCACCUUGUUCAGAGAAAAAAAGCUGUAACGUGUGUAUUGACUCUUAUUUCCUCUGCCACUACUAGACAAAGAAGUAUGCAGAUGUGAUUAUUCCAAGAGGAGCAGAUAACCUUGGUAAGCAUUAAAUUAAAUGCCUGUACGUGUUGGCUGAAUUGCAUUGUGGGUAUUGUGGAAGCCUCUUUUUACAAGUAUGAAGACUGAGGAAUAUAAGAUGUCUCAUUAUGUCGUGGUAUACUUAGUUGGAAAAUGCUGCCAGUAUUGACAUGCCAAACCCUCCUCUCUUUGUUUUCCUGCAGUGGCCAUCAAUUUGAUAGUGCAGCACAUUCAAGACAUUCUGAACGGCGGACUAAACAAACGCCACAACGGCUGUAUGAACGGCCACAGUACCCCACGCCAGAGGAGGACCUCAGAGUCCAGCAGCCGGCCUCAUUGACCUCAUCACACCUCUCUUCUCGGAGCGGAGAGGGGUGUAGGGGUGGCGCUGUAAAUAAUGCCAGUUGGCAUCACUGUAUUUAAAAAAAAAAAAAAAAGAAAAACAGAUGCAAGAAGAAAUGAAAUGCCUUUUAUUAUAAUUAUGACUACUCUCGUUAUUAGUUACUUUAAUUGUAAUUGUUGGAUUUAGAUUUUUGUCCGGAGGGUUAAAGAUGAUCUUGUUAUUCUUGUGAUGAGACCAUGGGUUAAAACAGCCCCUUGCUUUUUUCCUCCCAGAUUGCAUUUUGUUUUUUAUGUAUCCCCCUGCUGCUUCAUGGAAAAAUUCAUGCCGCUAAUGAAUAAAAGAGGGGAACCCUUAUUUUGCUUUUUUGCAAUGUCUGAGAAAACUUGAACCCUCGAAGUUGUUGGAAGUCUGAUAAUUGUUCUGGUGGUUUCCUAAUGAGAAUGAUUUACAUGAGAAGAAGAGCUGAAGAAACCAAGAUUGCACCCUGUAUUUGUAAUGACAAUCUUGGGAAUCUUUUUUUACACUUUGUUUCUCAGUGUUUAUGUUCCCUCAUUGUAUUGUGUGGUGUAAAGUGUUACACUAGAAGUCUGUUUACUACACAGUGUCCACUACAUUGAUUCUUGAGUUUGCAGCAGCAGAAACACACUACAUGAUUUUCCAGUACUGAUCGUCACAUGCUGACUAAUGUGACAACAAGACCAAUGACGCCAAAGGCUUAAAGUUCAAACAUCUGUCUCUUGAUUUAGUAUUUUCUAUUUGCCCUCCUAUUAAUGAAUCCAAACACACUUGAAUUAUCCAUGUGAAAUAAUAAAUCUAGACUUAUUUAAAACCAGAUUAAGACAGAUUCACAUGAAAUACUUAUCCCAGUUUAUUAACUUAGUGUAUACUCAGGUUGAUACCAUUUGAUCCAAAAUAAAGUAUUAAUGCCACAGCAAUAUCAAUUUUCCCAGGUUUGCGGUUCACAGCCACAAAGACCCACCACAAUGCCUCUGUGAAGUUGCCUCAGGUUAUUGUGUACAGUAAGUAUUCACAGCAGAACAGGUUUCCGUUUAAUGUCAAGGUGAAAAUAAAAAAAGAAAUAACUGAAUGAUCAGUUUUGUACUCCAUGUGCUGUGUUUUUUUAGUAUAGAACAACUGAAUGAUUGAUUUGUACUGUAUGACUGUUGAGGUGCACUUGGAUGGUUUCUACUUGAAUGACGUCAUUUACUUACUGGUCAAUAAACUGAUACAAUCGAUGGUC